UAGGAACGAUGAAGAGGAAGAACCGACGGGGAGAGAACGACCGAAGGCAUACAAAAAAAGGAGGAGAAAACAUGAUGAUGAUGAUGAUGACGAUGAUGAUGAUGAUCUCCUUCCUCCUCUUAUUUAUUCAUAAAUGCGUCCUCUGUUCAAGCAGCAAGGAGGAGAGCGGAGACGUCAGGCGCUCGUUGGACACGAUGGGAUUCAGUCCUCAAUGAAUGGAAGGCCCAAUUCCAGAGGAGGCGGAGCUUGCAAAUGCCCUCGACAACGCAGAUCCCAACGCCAACUGGGGGGCGGAGCCUAACUUCAACCUCAACCUCACUCUGACCUCGGUGAGCAACCCCCGCCCAACCUCGGAGACCUCGAAGCCGCACGGUGGCAACAAAAACGAAUAUGGGAAAAAUGGAGGCGGGGAAAAGGGAGAAAGCACCCUGACAACCGCUGUGACGUCACCAGGCGAAAGAGACGAUCCAUGGCGACUACCAAGCAAAAUUCCAGCCAUUUCUCUCUCGCCAACAACCGAGGCGUCGGCGAACAGCCGCGGCGAGCAAAGGCUGAAAUCCCCAAACCCCAAACGUACUUCUACACUCGGCCCCAAGACGCACGGCAACAUGGCGGCGAGUCCAAAACCCCACCGGGUGGAACAAACGACUGUCGCUGUCGGCCCCAGAGUCAAACCACAAGUCCAGAGAAUGGAAUCUGCAAGCGUCUCAAACCCCAAACCACACGGGGCACCGACGACUGGACCGACAACAAAGACUACAAUCAAAAUAACCGUUGACCCAAAGGUGCAAUCACACGGAAAAGAAAUGGGCCUCGGGACACAGUCGCCGAAAACUCUACACCUUCCGGUAAGCCUGAAUGUCCACAACCCAAAAGUUGAUGCAAACGUUAUCAGUCCAAAACUUGCCAAUCGAACCCCAACAACGUCAACCAAAACCCUAAAACAAGACCCAGGAAGCACCAGACAUGACUCGAGAACUCCCAGUUCGGAGAGUGGGUCAAAAUCGCCAAAUCAGAGGGCUGAAACGGUACUGCUCGGCGCCAAGACGCCGCAAACAAGUUAUCUGAGCACCAAACCAUCCACACAGAGGAAAGCUUCAGGGACCAGAAACCGUAACGCAUCAGGGUCCAAGGAGAAUCUCGAUGGUAAAGAUUCAGGUGCUGCUUCUGGAUCCAAAACCAGUUCAAAAUUCAGUUCAAGUUCCAAAGCCGUGGACAGUCUGGAUUCCAAAAGCGGUUCAGCUUCCAAAACCAGUUGGGGAUCAAAGGACAGCUUAGACUCCAAAACUGGAUCCAAUUCCAAAACCAGUCCCAAUUGGAAGUCCGGUUUGGGUUCCGGAGAUAGCCGUGAUUCUAAAAUCGUCACUGAAAUCAAACCAAGUAAAACCAGUCCAGAUUUUAAGACGGUUGUGGGUUCUAAAUCUGGCAUGGGGUCAAACGAAAACCUGGAUCCUAAAGCUCAGAGUCCAUCGGACUCUAAAUACAGUUUGAAUCUCAAAACCAGUCCAAAUUCUAAACCACCUUCUGAGUUGAAUCUCAGCUCUAAUUCUCGUUUCCUUUCAAAUUCUAAACCUUAUUUGCUGGCCUCUGGCUCUAACAAGGACAUUGUUGGAUCUGUCUCACCAUUGUCCCCUAGAACUGGAUCGGGGUCCAAAGUCAACAACCUCAAGGCUGCAAGCUCCAGUGCUAAACUCAGUCCAGAUCCUAAAGGCUCAGGUUCUACUAAGCCUGGACCAGUUCGGUCAAGCUCAAAGUCGGCUCUGGCAGAUUUGUCUCCCUCCAUGAUGCUUUCUCAUAGACCAAGUCCAGCAAGUAGGAGUCCUGGGUCUGGUCCUGGCAAAACUCUUGGUUCCAGUCCGGCAGGACCACACAAAGAUGUUGCGAGGAGCCCUGGUUCUGCUCCAGGUUCUGAUGUAGUCUCUGGCUCCAGCCCCAAAACCAGAACCACUGUUGCAAUGACAAUGACAAGCAGACUAUCUGUUGCUGUGGAUACGAACACCAGCAGGACACCCCAUAAUACCAGUCCAACUCAGGGUCUCGCCUGCGACUCUACCGCCGAGACAUUGGCGAACCCGGCUGUUGCCGCCGGUGAUGAGCAUGCGAGACCGCCGGAACCCAAAGUGGCAGCCGCGCGAGGGGUAGACGUGACUGACAACACAAGGCGGUUGCCAGGAGACGAGAGGAUACCACGCGCCCUGCAGGGCAUACCGAGUCACCUGGGGGACGCAAAUGCCACCGCCACGGGCAAGGAGGAAGAGAAGAAGAAAGACGGUGGAGUUAAUGCGGCGACCAUGACUGACGCCAGUGAGAGUCUUUAUCUUCACAGGAGGGGGGAACGGAGAGAGGUGGGCGUCCAAGUGGACUCGGAGGCGGUCCAACUCUCGGGUUCCACCGGCUGCAGCCUGCACGGGGGCCCUCCCUCCCCCUCCCCGAUUGGCUCCCCCAUCUGUCAGUCGGCCACCUCGCCAGCGGUCCUGUUGCCGUGCUGCGUCCCCGCCGGGCUACCGCCCUUCCAGCACGUCUGCAAGAUAGACAUCGAGCUGUGCCACCAAUCGCCGCUCCCCUCCGUUGGCGCCGACCGGCCCGGUUCCCCGCCCGAGACGUGUACGCGUAUGUGCGCCUUCCAGCAGAGCCCCGCCCACACGCCGGAGCCACGACUCGGACCGAACCGGAACGCCAACGCGGAGAGCAUCUGGGAGGAAGAGGAGGAAGAGGAAGGAGAAAAGGUGGGGCGGCCGCAGGGGGUGGCGUGGGACCUGCAGGGGAAGACGUGGGAGGUGUACGGCGCCGCGGUGGACCUGGAGUCCCUCGGCACGGCGAUCCAGUCCCACCUGGAGUCAAAGAUCCGGGAGCAGGAGAAGCACAUCCGGACGCUGAGGAAGUCCGUCUGCUCCACCGGCAGCCCCGAAGUGCAGAGGAUGAAGAAGAGGAAGAAGAAGAGGACGGGAGGGAUUCUGGGAUGCUGCGGAAAGUCGCCCGCCGUGGCGGACUGA